CGCUCCAUUUUUAAAUCAAAUUUCAUAUGUUCAUUACGCAUUUGGAGCGUUUUUAAUGAUUAAAGAUGGAUUUACCUGGUGAAAAUAUAGAUUUUGUGAAAUUGCGUAACGUUAAAGGAAAUGUGGAAAACAUAACACCUCAUAAAAUAGCUGUUGUUGCGUUUAUUAGGGAAUAUGGUUUACUGAAGAUUGAAGCGAAAAAAAUGGUCGAUUGCACGAUGUCUCCAAAAUACAGAAAAGACUUUUGUAUCCUCGCUUUGAAAUUAAUACAGUGUCCAGAUAUGGAAUUCAAAGAACUGGAAGCAUUACUCACUGAUGGGAGGUACAAUCUGCUGAGUGUUCACCUUCAGAACUUUUGCGUGCGUCUGCAAAACAUUUAUGUAAAUGGCAUCAGUGCACUGAUGGAUUGUGUUACUUCUACUAUAGACAAAUUGGUACAUGAGCCAAAUGGGAGUUAUUCUUGCAUAACUAGAUCAAGUGUUUUAGGUUUCUACUUAAGAAGGAUAGUGUUGCAAUUGGACAAGCUGACUUUUGUACAAGUUGUAUCCCUGUACAAAUCUUUCUGUCUGUACUACCAAAAGGGCCGACCAGGUUUAAUGAUUCGAUCUCUCAGUUUAGAGAAAUUAAACAACAUGGAACAACAAAGUGCAGCUAGCACUGGAACUGUGCCUGAAGAAUCGAAAAAUGAGCUUUCCAUGAGAUUGAAUAUUAUUGAACGGGAUAAUAUUUUGGAAGAAUGUCAAUGGUCUAGGAAGCAAGCAGAACUGUUUACAGCACAGCAAGCAAACUUGCUUCAAAUCAAUGAGAAGAAAGCAAUGCCACCUCGACAACUGCAGAAGACUAUUAUACAGAUUAUCAAUGAUAUACCAGAUUACCCAGAUGUUCAUUUCCUGAGUUUCCUAAACUGUAUACGUAUGAAAGAGUUCUGCGGUGCUCAAGACUCUCUGUACAAUUGUUUCGACCGUACGGUUUUCAGCGUCGCGGGGAACAGUGUGGCUAACAGCGACAGAAACAAAAAUUUUCGCUACGCCGCUCUCAACCGCGCGGCUAUGCAUACUCAAUUUGAACAUAGGGAGAUGGCGAUGGAAGGCGUGCGCGAGGCGUUGGCGACGGCGCAGGAGGCGGGUGACACGGCGUGUCUUGCGCACGCAGCCGCGUGGGGUGCGCUGGCCGGCGGACGAGCACGUCGCGCCGCGCUGCUGACAAAGAUGCCGCGCGCACCGCGCCCUGCCGCUGCCGCCGCGCAACUCCUGGCGCAGCACGCCGCUGUCAAUGGCGCGAAGCCGUCUGAUGUCUUUCAGAUAAUAAACAAAGGAGACUCCAUCAACUACAUGCACUCGCUGACCGAUCUCACCAUGGGUAGCCUAGCGAACACGGCUGCUCUCUGGUCUCUGUACGGUAAAACGGAGAUGGCAUCCGUCAGCUGCCAGCUGCUACUUAAUUUAAAUACAAAAUGCAACGUAGGCGUCGGUAUGAGCAGUCCGGGCAACGCAGGCACAGGGUCGCCCGCAGGUGGCACAAAUGGGGUGUGGCACUGGACGGAGGCGAAUGCAACUGCGGCGGCGGGCAUGUUCUGCGUGGCGGCGUGGCGUGGGGAACAAGCUCUGGCGGCCUCACUCGCCGCGCACCUGCACACGCCGCGGCUGCACACCGUCGUCACGAGACACCAAGCCGCGCUGGCACUGCUCGCAGGUAAAUGGGAGGAAGCCGACCAAAGCAUACGUCAGCUGGCAUCAUUCGAUAGAUGGGAGAGUCAGUUGCUGAAGGCGGAGAUGUACUUCCUCAAAGGCGACGCUACUGACGCGCUCGCGGCGCUUCACGAUGUCUUGGAUUAUUGUAAAACCGAGGACGACAGCUUGCAUUUUGUAUCCUUGAAGCUCAAAGCGAUGAUACUGAUGUCGCAAGUGCAACAUUCCUUUGGUGGAAUCCAGUCCGCAAAUAUUAUGCUACUCAAUGAAACGACUUAUUUGGCAAAAACGUACCACUUGCAUUAUUUAGCUGCCUCAGCUGAAAUGCAUAUAGCGAAUGUGCAAUUAAAUAUGGGAUGCGCGAAAAAUGCCUUAUUGGUUGUGAGGAAAGUUCUAGGGUUGGUAAUGGCACAUGGAAGCGCUUACGAUAUAGCAAGAGCCCUAUUGUUAUAUACAAAGUGUCGUGUAGCGACAGCACCUGUAACUGGCGAAGCGCGGACGCAAGUUCUACAAUCAUGUUGUGAUACACUAGACUUGGUCAAAAAGAACUUUUCGAAAAUUGGCGCCCAAGCUCGUCUGUUACAUGCGUGGUAUUUACAGGCACAGCUCUACAAUGAAAUUGGCAACAUUGCAGCGAGAAACCAAUGUGCCUGGAUGUACAGGCAAUUAGAAACACAGAAUCCGGUGGAACCAUCAAAUAUGCUACUAAUUAUGUAUUAAAAUAAUAUGACUAAGA